AUGGCAACACCUCAUAAACCAAACCUCGCCAUUUCUCGCUAUACAGACUUUCGUGAUGAGCCAGUUAGUCGUCUUCUUGCUCCUAUUGGUGGUUAUCAAGAUAAGCCCAUAGUUUCACUUGAGGAAUCAGUUGAAUUAUUCUCCGAUUUAUUUGAUGAUAUUCAAGGAAACGUAUGGGUAGCUAAAGAAAACUGUAAGAAUCCUGCUGAUGGUCUCAAUCAAAAUGAGUCUGCUGCAAUUCAUCUAUAUACGAUGCAGUUCGACCCAGAUCCUUCACUUUACCAUGUUUUGAACGAAAAACUGCGUUCUGAAAAUCGACAAUCGUUAAAGCCGUGGUUCUCUUACCUGAAGCUUUUUUUAACAGCGCUCUACAAGCUUCCAUCUCACAGUUAGAGCCCUGCAGGUUAAGCUGGUCGCAGGGCAGGGCAGGGCAAGGUUACGAAAAUUUUUACAGGGCAGGUUGCAGGAUGCGAGUGUCGCAACCUGUCAACCUGUGAUAAAUUUUUCACAUUAAAUACUAACGACAUAUUUUAUAAAAUUAUACAGAACAUUAAGUUCAAAUGUUAUAGAUGAUAUGUUAAUGAUUUGAAAUUUUCGAGAUAUGUGAUUUUGUUUUUGUUUAUUUAUUUACUCUAUGAUUUGUAAUGGAUUAAAUAAAAUUGUAUAACAAAUUAAUAUGAAAGUUUAGAGUUUUUAUAAAGUAUAGCAGGGCAGGGCAGGUUAAAGGUUACAAAAAUUUUUACAGGGCAGGGCAGGGCAGGGUGCGCGAAAAAUUUACAGGGCAGGGCGGGUUGCAGGUUGUCAAAAUCUGAGAAGGGCAGGGUACAGGUUGCUAAAAUGUCUUGCCCUGCAGCCCUCUACU